AUGGCGGCCGCCGCCACCGCCACCGCCACCGCCACCGCCACCUCGCCCUCAGCCUCCUUCCCCGCGGCCUCCCUCCGCCGCGACGCGCGCAGGCCCUCCUGCGUAGCCGCCGCCGCCGCGGCGACGACGGCCGCUGAGGCGGGGCUCGCGGCCGUCCCGGCGCCGCCGCCGACGCCGAUGGUGCGGGUGGCGCCGGAGUCGCUGCAGCGGGAGAGCGGGUGCCUCGUGGCGGGCUUUCGGGAGCGCGGCGCGGGCGCGGCGGAUGCGGAGGGGUUCGGGGACGCCGCAGGGGGAGGAGGAGGCCCCGGCGCGAUGGAGUACCUCACCAGCGUGCUGUCGUCCAAGGUGUAUGACGUCGCAAUUGAGUCGCCGCUGCAGCUCGCCACCAAGCUCUCCGACCGUCUCGGGGUCAACCUCUGGAUCAAGCGCGAGGACCUGCAGCCGGUGUUCUCAUUCAAAUUGCGGGGAGCAUACAACAUGAUGGCAAAGCUCCCCCGUGAGCAGUUAGAGAGGGGCGUCAUAUGCUCCUCUGCUGGAAACCAUGCCCAGGGUGUUGCUCUUUCCGCUCAGAGACUGGGAUGCGAUGCUGUCAUCGUCAUGCCCGUGACAACACCAGAAAUCAAGUGGAAAUCAGUGGAGAGGUUGGGUGCAACGGUGGUCCUUGAGGGGGACUCUUAUGAUGAAGCUCAGUCAUAUGCAAAAUUACGAUGUCAGCAGGAAGGCCGCACAUUCAUACCUCCGUUUGAUCAUCCUGAUGUCAUCACUGGACAAGGAACUGUCGGCAUGGAAAUUGUUCGGCAGCUGCAAGGUCCACUGCAUGCAAUAUUUGUACCUGUUGGAGGUGGUGGAUUAAUUGCUGGAAUUGCUGCCUAUGUAAAACGGGUUCGCCCAGAGGUGAAAAUAAUUGGGGUGGAACCCUCAGAUGCAAAUGCAAUGGCAUUAUCCUUGUGUCAUGGUAAGAGGGUCAUGUUGGAGCAUGUUGGUGGGUUUGCUGAUGGUGUAGCUGUCAAAACUGUUGGGGAGGAAACAUUUCGCCUGUGCAGAGAGCUAGUAGAUGGCAUUGUUAUGGUCAGUCGAGAUGCUAUUUGUGCUUCCAUAAAGGAUAUGUUUGAGGAGAAAAGAAGUAUCCUUGAACCUGCUGGUGCCCUUGCAUUGGCUGGGGCUGAAGCCUACUGCAAAUACUAUAACUUGAAAGGAGAAAAUGUGGUUGCAAUAACUAGUGGGGCAAAUAUGAACUUUGAUCGACUUAGACUAGUAACUGAGCUAGCUGAUGUUGGCCGAAAACGGGAAGCAUUGUUAGCUACAUUUCUGCCAGAGGAGCAGGGAAGCUUCAAAAAAUUCACAGAAUUGGUUGGCAGGAUGAAUAUUACUGAAUUCAAAUACAGAUACGAUUCUAAUGCAAAAGAUGCCCUUGUUCUUUACAGUGUUGGCAUCUACACUGACGACGAGCUUGGAGCAAUGGUGGAUCACAUGGAAUCUGCGAAACUGAGGACUGUUAACCUUACUGACAAUGAUUUGGCAAAGGACCACCUUAGAUACUUUAUUGGAGGCAGAUCAGAAAUAAAAGAUGAACUGGUUUACAGGUUCAUUUUCCCAGAAAGGCCUGGGGCCCUUAUGAAAUUUUUGGACACGUUCAGCCCUCGUUGGAACAUCAGCCUUUUCCAUUACCGUGCACAGGGUGAAACUGGAGCAAAUGUAUUAGUUGGUAUACAAGUGCCGCCAGCAGAGUUUGAUGAAUUCAAGAGUCAUGCUGAUAAUCUCGGGUACGAGUACAUGUCAGAGCACAACAAUGAGAUAUACCGGUUGCUGUUGCGUGACCCAAAUGUCUAA